AUGUCACUACUACAGCACUUUAUUACCACUAGCAAUGAUUCAAAACUACCGUUACCUCAUUGGGUCAUAACCAUAUCAUUUUACUCAUCAUUAGUAUCAGCAUUUAUAAUAUCGAUAAGUAUAUUACUCCAUCUACUCAACUAUCGCAAACCGUUCCAGCAACGACUCAUGGUUCGAAUACAAUUGAUAGUUCCACUUUUUGCUCUAAGUUGUUAUUCAAUGUUGAUUAAUCAAACUUCUAUUUUCAAUCGAUUCAUUUUGGAACCAAUACGAGAAAUUUAUGAAGCAUUUGUUAUUUAUACGUUUUUUUCACUAUUGACUGAUAUGUUGGGUGGAGAACGAAAUAUCAUCAUAAUGACAAGUGGCAGGAAACCUGUGCCCCAUCCAGGAAUAAUGGGGUAUGUGUUGUCGCCAUUAGAUAUAUCUGAUCCCAAGACAUUUUUAUCAAUUAAACGAGGCAUAUUACAAUAUGUAUGGUUGAAGCCGAUCAUAUGUUUUGGUACAUUGUUUUUUGAAUUGAAUGGUUGGUAUAAUGUUAAUGAUAUGAGUUACAAGUCGAUUUAUUUAUGGAUGACUGUGAUUUAUAAUGCUAGUGUGACAUUAUCAUUGUAUAGCUUGGCAAUUUUUUGGAAAAUCUUGUGGGAUGAUUUGAAACCUUUUAAACCGGUGGGGAAAUUUCUUUGUGUGAAGUUGAUUAUUUUUGCAUCUUAUUGGCAGGGGGUUAUAUUGGCCAUACUCAAUUUCUUUGAGGUGCUUCCUGGGAGUGGAAACAACAAUGGCAACAGUGGUGGUGGUAAUGAUGGUGCUGGUGAAAGUAUUGGUGUAUGUAUACAAAACGCAUUACUUUGUGUUGAAUUAAUUGCAUUUGCCAUUGGUCAUUGGUACUCAUUUUCAUAUUUUCCAUUCACUAUAUCACAAUUACCGUGGGGAAGAUAUAAAUUCCAUUAUGCUUUAAAAGAUUGGUUAGGAUUUAAAGAUUUACUCAUUGAUUUCCAAAAGACAUUUAAAGGUGAUCAUUAUAAGGAUUACCGACAAUUUGAUUCUGUUGAGGCAGUAGUGGCUCAUCCUGAAUCAAAAGGAAGAAUGAGCCGAAUUCAUCAAGGGCUACGGUACCAUUAUGAUGGCAAACAUAAGCAUUGGUUACCUGAUAAUCUGAGCUUGCACAAUGGUAAUGGAGGAGGUCAUAACAACUCUUCAGGGGCUGGUAAUGUGCCUAGUACUUCGGAAAUACAUGCUUUAGAUAAUGCUUCAUUGUUGUCGAAUAAUACAUCAAUGAGGGCAAUUUAUCCACAGUCACCCAAGGCUUCGCCACCAGGAUCGCCUUCAAUAGGAAGUGACCCUGAUGAUAAUACAAGUAUAGACGGAGCAGCUGCUUCCACUGGAACUACGGCAACGAUAAUACUGGAUAUUAUCAACUCCGAUUCCAUCUUAUCUACAAUUGAUUACACUCAAGAACAAUUUGAUCAGGAUGAAUCAAUCUACGAAGAAGCAAUUGAAGAAAUUGGUAAUUAUGCUUUGGAAGAUGAUGAUGUGAAACGAGUUUUGAAUUAUCCUAUAGUUGACGGAGUAUUGGAUAGUCAUGUUUAUGGAUACAAAGUUCAAAAAUUGCGACAACGGCAAGAUUUACGCAAGGCUAAGCAACGUAAAGAAUCUAUUUUGCAACUGAAUCAAAGUUAUCGAUAUGGAAGCAUUGUAUAA